CGAGGUUGUACCACAAUGCAAAUAUCGCAUUUGCUUUACCGCGACAAAUCUGAAAAGGAAAUAUCAAAACAGUACGGAACUGAACUGAACACUGAUCUGACAAAAUCAAAUAUGAAUUUUCAAGGUUUUGCUGGACGACAGCCUGGAACAGAUGGUGGGGGUUUCAUGAGUCCAGGCUUAAACUCGCCUGGUUUUGGAUCACAAAAGAAGGUAAAUCGCUCUCAAACCCUUCUUCCUGUCACAGCAGCCAUGAUCGACAAGGCGGAAUAUAAUGUUACAGAAGAUGUGUUUACUUAUGAAGGUGUUGAAAUACAUCAGAUAACUUUCAUUGGAAUUGUUCGCGAGGUUCAGGAAGCAGCUACCAAUAUAUCGUACAAAAUAGAUGACAUGACUGGACGCUAUUUUAAUGUGAAGAAGUGGAUUGAUGGGGACGACAAGUCAGAAGGUUACAAUAGAUCUGAAUGUCGAGAAGAUACAUAUGUUCGUGUAAUUGGAAAUAUGAAAUCAUUUCAGGAAGGAAAAGUAAGAAGUAUACUGGCCUUCCACAUGAUUCCAUUAACAGAUUUCAAUGAAAUAACGUUUCAUCUAUUAGAUGUUAUACACGCCAAUCUCUGUCCUAAGAGAACUGACAACUGUCAAGCAGAUCAAACCUCCCAAAAUUACGGAAUUUCUUCUGCAUAUGGUUUGACCACAAAUGACGCAGGUUUGACAGGUCCACAUAAAACUGUAUUUAACUAUAUAUCUUCAUGCAUAGCUGAGCAAGGGAUUAGUGUGAAUGAGCUACAAAAAAAAAUUCAUAACCUGGACGAACAACAACUCAGGUCAUCGUUGGAUUGGUUAAGCAACGAGGGGCACAUAUACUCGACAAUAGACGAUGAUCAUUACAGAUCCACAUCAAGUUGAACGUGUUGUUAUUUUGUAGCCAAUACUAUAUCUUUUGCCGAAAUAAAUGCGAAAUCUUA